GGCGGCAGGCGGCGACGGGGGCCGGAGGGCGUGUGCUGAGGUCUGGCCUGUGCCUCGCGGGGCCCGCCUCUGAGCGGCGCGGGGCGGAGGGCGGCGACCCGCAGAGCUCGAAAAAGGGGCAGGGAGUGCUCUUCAGACAAACUGUAGAUGUCCUGGGCUUCAAGAUGAAGGCAGCAGACUCACAACCCAUAGGCAUGUUCCACAAUGAAUUUUGGAAUCCACACCAUGAACUUCAAGAAUGUCUGAACUGGAAUUCUCAUAAAGAAACUGAUCCUGCAUGUGAGACGGCUGUGCCUGCUCACCAGAUCCUAGCCUUUCCUGAGCAGACAAUCACCAAAGACUGGACAGUGGCCCCUGAGCUCGUCUUGCCUGAGUCCCAGAUCUCGUUGACAUUUGAAGAAGUGGCCAUGUAUUUUUCCCAGGAAGAAUGGGAGUUCCUGGAUCCCACUCAGAAGGCCCUCUACAAUGAUGUAAUGCGGGAAAACUAUGAGACUGUCAUCUCUCUAGCUGUGCCUGUUCAUCAGAUCUUAGCCUUUUCUGAGAAGACAAACGCCAAAGACUGGACAGUGGCACCUGAGCUCGUCUUGCCUAAAUCCCAGAGCUUGUUGACAUUUGAAGAAGUGGCCAUGUAUUUUUCCCAGGAAGAAUGGGAGUUCCUGGAUCCCACUCAGGAGGCCCUCUACAAUGAUGUAAUGCGGGAAAACUAUGAGACUGUCAUCUCUCUAGCAUUGUUUGUGCUCCCCAAACCUAAGGUGAUCUCGUAUCUAGAGCAAGGGGAAGAGCCAUGGGUUCAAGGGUCCACGGAGCUCAAGGACAGUCCUGGAGAGCUGCCUACAGGUAAAUACACCAUGGGACAGGAUGAAUGCCUUGAUAGCAACCUUUGCAGGGCUUAA